AUGUUGUUUCCUACCUCCCUACUCGUCUUGUCUGGCUUGACCUACUCUGUACUCGGCCAGACACAUACAGACUGUAAUCCUACCAAGAAGUCAUGUCCUGCUGCCGCCGCUCUCGACACAUCAUACUACAGCCGCGACUUCACCAAAGAAGGUGCCGACGAUGACAACUGGAAGAUGACCGCCUCAGGUGUUUCCUACAGUGACAAAGGAGCCGAGUUCAAAAUCUCCAAGAAAGGCGACCACCCCACCAUCCAGUCCAAAUGGUACAUCUUCUUCGGCUCCGUCUCGUUCCUCAUGCGCGUAGCACCCGGCACAGGCAUCGUCUCCUCGGCCAUCCUCCAAUCCGACGACCUCGACGAAAUCGACUGGGAAUGGCUAGGCGGCCAGGCCGCCGAAGUCCAAACCAACUACUUCUCCAAGGGCAACACAGCCACCUACAACCGCAUGGCCAAAGCCGCUAUCCCUUCCGGCAACGCCGAAACCGAGCUCCACAACUACACCAUCUCCUGGACACAAGACAGCAUGCAGUGGAUCAUCGACGGCGGCGUCCAGCGCGAAGUCAAGUAUGCCGACGUGAACUCGGCAUACGGAUACCCGCAGACCCCCAUGAACGUGCGCAUCGGUAUCUGGGCCGGCGGCGACCCGGAUAACUCGGAGGGCACGAUUGAGUGGGCAGGCGGUCUUACGGAUUUCGGAAAGGGACCGUACUCGAUGGUCGUGGAGAAGGUCGAGGUUAUCAACCAUGCGCCUGCUAAGCAGUACCACUAUGGGGAUUUGAGCGGAAAGUAUGAUAGCAUUGUUGUGGAUACGAAGGGGGAUGGAAGCGGUGACAAGAGCAAGUCGGAUAAGUCGUCUUCUUCUUCGUCUGCCUCUGCCUCUGCUUCGGCGUCAAAGUCCAUGACUACGUCUGUGUCUUCGUCUGCCACCGCGAGCGCUUCCUCCUCGGCUACUUCUGGUGCUAGCAGCGAGGGUGCGAGCAGCGCGCCCAGCAAGACGGCGGCUGUGGCGGCAGCUGAUCAGGCUGCGACCACUAGCAGUGCGCUGCCAGAGUCCAACGGUGCGGGUGUUGAGAGCGUCAAGUGGAGGUACGCAGCGCUGAUGGGCGCCGCUGCUAUUGCAUUUGCGAUUUAG